GUUGAUUUACAAGUUUCUAAGUCUGUGGCUGAUGGUUUGUAGCCUCUAGUUUGAAGCAAGAAAAGAAUGAGUAGUCAGGAACUAGUCACUUUGAAUGUGGGAGGGAAGAUAUUCACAACAAGAUUUUCUACCAUAAAGCAGUUUCCUGCCUCUCGGUUGACAAGAAUGAUAGAUGGCAGAGACCAAGAAUUCAAGAUGGUUGGUGGCCAGAUUUUUGUGGACAGAGAUGGUGUUUUAUUUAGUUUCAUCUUAGAUUUUUUGAGAACUCACCAGCUUUUAUUACCCACUGACUUUUCAGACUAUCAUAGGCUUCAGAGAGAGGCUCUUUUCUAUGAACUAGAUCCUCUGAUUGAGCUCUUAAACCAAGAACACUUGCUACAGCCAAGACCUGCUUUUUUGGAGGUGCAUUUCCUAAGCCGAAACACUCAAGCUUUUUUCAGGGUAUUUGGCUCUUGCAGCAAAACAAUUGAGAUGCUAACUGGGAGGAUUACAGUGUUUAUAGAGCAACCUGCAGCAAUGACCUGGAGUAGUAACUCUUUCCCUCCUCAGAUGACUUUACUUCCACUGCCUCCACAAAGACCUUCUUACCACGACCUGGUUUUCCAGUGUGGCUCUGACAGCACUACUGAUAACCAAACUGGAGUCAGGUAUGUUUCUAUAAAACCUGAUAAUCGAAAAUUGGCCAAUGGAACUAACGUCCUCGGCUUACUAAUCGACACUUUAUUAAUGGAAGGCUUCCAUCUAGUCAGUGCUAGAACAUUAUCUUCUGAAGACAAAACUGAAUGCUAUAGCUUUGAAAGGAUAAAAAGGCCUGAAGCUUUCACCAUGAACAAAACACUGAAACCAGAGACUACCAUCAUAUCAGAGCAAUCUCAGAAAAAAAAGUGA